AUGUCGGCUACUGCAACACAAACUCAUGGAAAUGGCCGAUUAAAUCAUGAAGAAUCAUUAACUUCAACUUCAUCACGUCAAAAUCAACAAAGUAAUAAUCAUCCCACCAAUGAAUCUUCACCAAAGCAAUCAGAACCAAAUAAACCAACAAAUAAAACACCUAAUGAACAUCCACAUAAAAUGAAAAGAAAAUUAGUAAGGAAACCACCAAGUUCUAAUGCUUUAAAAUAUAAAAUUUGGUUAUCUGGUCAUUUAAUGACUUUAAUAUUUGGUUCAAUUACGUUUGUAUUUCAAGUAUUUUGGUUACCUAAUUUUUAUUAUAUAAAUUCAAUAUGUUAUAGAUUAGCAUUAAUUGGAUCAAUGUUAGCAUUAAGUGCUACAUUUAGUCAUAAAUUUGGUUUACAUUUUUUACCACCAAUUGCAACUUUAUUAAGUCAUCAAAAUUUUCAAUAUUUAAUUUUAGCAUUUAUUUGGUGUUUUACUUUUAAAUCUAAUUUUAAAAUUAUCCCUCUUUGGUUAAUUAGUCUUUUACAUAUGGGAAAAUUAAAAAAUAUAAAUGCAAUUGAAAAAGAAUCUUCAUUUUUAGCUUCUGUUAUAGCAUAUGAUGAAUUAGUAUUAAUUGUUUAUUUACUUUUAAGAACUUUAUUUUUUAGAAAUGCAAGUGGUUAUCAAUUAGUUUUAUUUUUAAUAUUUUAUUGGUUAAGAAUUUUAUAUAAUAAAGAAACAGGAAAUUUAUUUGGAGUUAUUGUUGAAAGAUUAGAUGGUAAAAUGAUGAAAUUAGAAAAUCCUAAAGUUAAACAUUAUUGGGUUAAAUUUAGUCAUUUUGUUAAAGAGAAAAGAUUACAAGAAAAACAAGAUGAUUAG